AUGACACCACCGAGCAGACUAGUCCUCGGGGUCCCUCUCGCAGCACUGCUGCUUCAGAUUGCUUACGAAGCCCCGACCCACUGUAACCCCGCGGCGUCCGUCCGACCGUCAGGCUCGGGGACGGUGUUCGAUGCCAACCUGUUCCAGCAGACGUUCGACGUGCUGGGAGCGCGCUUCUGUCUGCCGGCCGACUUUGACAACUCAACCAUCAGCCAGCUGGCGAGCGCCUGCGAGGCCAGAGCCACCGCCCCGGUCCAGCCGCCCGAGUGUGCGGGCGCUUCCUCGCUGGGAAGCUUCUACAACUGUCUGACCAGAGAACGCGGAAUUCUGAACGCUGACGCUACUGUGCUCGACACUGCCCGCGUGGUGGCCGGCAUCAACCGCUACUCGCGGGACCCCGCCUGGACCGCCAAGACCACGCGGAUCGUGCAUAAGUGCCUGGAGUACGCCUCUGACGGCCUGACGACACGCCAGCUGACUGUGUACACCUACCUCUGCCUCAAGUGGAGCCUGUUCGCCGAUUGUGACCUCCAGCAGGAGCAGCGGGGGGCCCUGGACGAGGAGGGAGCGCUGCGCAGGGCCCGCUUCCUCUCCGGAUACUGCCCGCUCAGCCCCAAUACGCUCAAAGGAGUCCUGGAGCACAUCACCGGGCGAACGCUGCAGGAGUGCGGAAAGGGCCUCUACGCGGGCCACGAGCCGCACCAGCUGUACCAGGCUGAGAUCGCUCGCCUCGUGUGCCUGUUCCAGAAGUUUAUCGGCGCCGACGGCACGAUCGAUCUGCAGGCCGUGAAGCUGGCCAUCACCUACGGAGAGGGCGCCAAGUUCCGAGAGGCGGUGGAGGGCUGCAUACGCACCCAGACCAAGGCCGGCCCGGGCGGCUACAACCGGCUCACUGCCGAGGAGUUCGUCCAGUGCUGGGCCGACAGGGGCGUCAUCAGCUGCGUCCAUCAGGAGGCCAACCAGGUGGGCGCGCAGCACCCCGACAACUGCGACGUCACCCUCAGCUUUUAAUGUAACCCCACGCCGACGCCAUUGACGUCACCCUCGGCAAUUGACGUCAAACCUCGGCAACGGAGGUUAACGUCAACGGCGCCAAUUCUUGCACCUGACUGAAACACUUUUUAUGUGGAAAUGACUGACCUAUCAAUCGGAAGAUCACAAGAGAUUAGAAAAACAUUAACAUAUCUUAUAACCCAGCACAGCAUCUUGUCUUCGACUGUGUGACCAUUGCUACAUUUAUCAAAGACCAUGUCGUGCAAAAAAGUUUUACCUAUACCUGCAGUGUCCACUGUCCAUUGUCCAACCAAUGCAAAUAAAGUCAACAGCUUUC